AUGGCAUCGGAACACAUGGUAACCAAGGUCCUAUUGGAAUGGAUCAACAGCUUCUCCCUAGGAAAGACUCUCCGAGCCAUUGAUGAAUUGACCGAUGGAAUCAUCCUAUGGGAGAUUCUCCAGGAUAUUGAUCCUCAGUACUUCCUCGAGGAAAUCCCGGAGCGCAACGCCUCCGACCAUUGGGUGGCCAAGUGGCAGAACCUGAAGCACAUCCACAAGCUGCUCCUUAACUACAUUCGGCACCAGAACGAUGACACCCUGCCCUCCGGUCUCGAUCCAUCGCCCGAUCUCGAAGCCGUCGCGGAAAAAGCCUCGACCAAGGAGACAAACAAGCUGCUGAAGCUUCUCCUGAUUGCAGCGAUCAGCUCCCCAAACGCCGGAACAUACGUGCAAACACUCCAAGAAUUGAGCACCUCCACUCAGGAAGGACUCAAAGAUAUUAUCGAGGAGGCGCAUAACGGCCAAUAUGAGCCCAUGGAUGCUGCGGACGAGCUGAGGGAAGACCUAGCAAAGCAUGAUCGCCCCGUGGAUCUUGAACUACAAUUUGAGGAACGCGUCGGGAAGGUGCUUGCGGAAAACGACCGUUUGACACAUGAGAAAAAGGAAUUGGAGAAGGCGUUGGAGGACCUGCACAAUCGCCUGGCGCGCCUCCAGGAGAAUAACGACACUCUCCAGAACCGUCUCGCGUCCACUGAGGACCGGCUGGUUACCUUGAAAUCUGGAAAAGGCGAUAUCGGGUUCAAUGCGAAGGCGCUAGAAAGCAAGACCCGCCAACAGGAUGAUCUAAUCGCCUCCCAAGAGGCGAAGUUGACUGCAGCCCAGGACGAGAUUGACAGUCUUCGGAUGACAGUGGAGUCCUUGCGCGUCAAGAACCAACGCUACCAGAAGUUACAGGAUGACUAUGAUGAGCUCCGCACUGAAAAGGAUCAGCUCGCUCGCAAAGCAAAUGCGGCAGAGAAAUAUCGCCAGAAAUUGCAGGCCAGUCAAGACUUCGAAAAGGAGAACCAGACCCUCAAAAACCAGAUCAAAGAUCUCCAGCAACAGCUGAAGGAGUCAGACGCGCAGCAGCGGUGGUCCUCGGAGCGUGACGUGGAACUAGAAGAAUACCGCAAGCUUCUGCCUCAAGUUGAACAGGAAUGCACCGAAAUCCAAAACCUGAAGAAACAACUCGAGUUCAAUAACCAUGCUCUCACGGAGCGGUUAGAGAGUGCAAACGAACAACACGAGAGGGACGAUGCCCUAAUCAGCGAACUACGUGAACGUCUGGGUGAAAUGGACGGUAUGCCCGGAACCCAGUCUCCUGGGUCUGAAACGCCGAAGACGCAGGGAACAUUGCACAAGGACUUUGAAGCACUCGGUGUCAAAGAAUCUCAGCUUAAAUCCGAGAAUGACGAUUUGAAGCGGGAAAUGGAGUCCAUCAAAGCACCUUCAGCUUCGGGCUCUCACACCGGUGGCUUCUCUGAAUCUUUUGCUGCAUCCGUGCAACUGGCACGCGCUGGUUCUAGCCAGAGUGAGGACUACUGGAAACUAUACGAGAAUUAUACCAGUGCUUUGAAGAAGAUUGCCGAGAUCCAAGAUUCUUUGGAAACCACCAAACGGGACCUAUCUGAUGCACAAGCUGAACUUGGUCUCGUCAAUAUGGAGCAGGUAGACAUGCUUCGCGGACUUGAAGAAUAUAACUCUAGCGAGUUGACGAAACUCCGGGGUGACUGGGACACCCUCACACAGAACGUACAUCACCUGGAAGCCGAGGUAGAUGCCAGUCAGACACUGGUGCGCGAAGUCUGCGCUGAACGGGAGGAACUGCGCAAGAUGCUCGAUAGCAAGCAAAGCGAGAUCAGCUCUGAAGAUCAGGUGGUAAUGAAGGAGAUGCAGAUGCUGCUGGGCGAAUUUGAAACCCACAAUACCGAGGGCGAAGCGCCGCAGAAAUCCAGCGUCGAGCUCUUGAAACAGUGCGCCGGAGUUCUCGAGAAGAAUGUCGAACGACUAGCUCAGCGUGCGGAGUACAUUCAGCAGCAGAACGAGCUGGUCAAAUCACUUCGUGAGCGAAUGAGAAACUACGAAGAAAAUUUUGACAAUGGGAUUCCCAAAGAACGAGAGCUCGAGCUUCAGAACAUUAUCGACAGCCAAGCCCGAGAACUCAGCCUUGUGGGCUCGGCUUGGUAUCACCUCCAGAGCCGAUGGCAGAACAACAACAUGACGGUAUCACGAUAUCGUCAUGGAGCCAGUACGGGAGAUUCCAAGGGUUGGCUAGCAAGGCAAAGAAGCGCCGUUGCUGGCCAGUAG